AUGAUCGACCAUCGACUAUCUGAAAUGGAAGUGACGGAGGCAUUCAGAGAUGCCAUUGUCAUAGAGACAGGGUGUGAUAUCGGGCACUCUGACAUCAACACCGACUUCUCAGAUCUUGGUCUGGAUCCCCUCGCUGCCCUCAAUGUGCUCAAUACUGUGACCAAUAGAACUGGUAUCGAGCUUCCAGCUUCCCUGUUUCGCGACUGCAAGACAUUAUCCGAUAUUUCCAAGCAUCUGGGCCAGAAGCAAGGCAUCAGCGGAUCGACCUCUGCCACCCAACAGCUCUCGUCGCAAGCGGAACAACCUGUCAGAGACGCGUUCCUAGAGCUGAGCAGCUACGAAAGAAAAUUCGCAGAAGAAGCAGGGUUCGCCAACUUUUGGAGAGCAGUGUACCCUGCCGAGCGCCGGCUGGUGCUGUCCUUCGUGUACAAAGCUUUCUCCGACUUGGGGUGCGCUCUGGACAAGGUCAAAGCCGGCCAAAAGGUUCCAUGUCCGCAGGGCAUUUUGGACAAGCACCGGCGAGUAUUUGACGGCGCGCUUUUUGAAAUUCUCGAGGAUGGUGGCAUCGUAAGCGAAUCUCCGGCCGGCUAUAUUCGUACGCCGACCCCAAUAGACACGACGCCAUCUGAAGACAUUUACAAAGACCUUGUCCGUGACCACCCCCCGUUCGCCAAGGUCCAUGAACUUCUUCACGUUACGGGCUCGCGGUUUGCGGAAUGUCUGAGCGGCAAGUCGGACCCCAUCAAGCUCCUAUUUGGGAAGAAUAAGGACUUGCUGCAACACUUUUACACAGACGCGCCCAUGUGUCUGGCCGCCUCGCUCCAUCUCGCCGCGCUCAUUCAACGUGUGUAUACUCGCCGCGCCCGCAGAGACGACGAGUGCAUAGAAAUCUUGGAAGUGGGCGCCGGUAUGGGAGGGACAACGAAAUUUGUCAUCGAUGCGCUUGUCGAGGCCAAUGUCCGCUUCAAAUACGUCUUUACGGAUAUUUCGUCGUCAUUCUUUGCCGCUGCAAAGCGCCGGUUCGGCGAUAUUGCACCUGGCUCCAUGGAAUGCCUCGUCCUCGACAUUGAGAAAGAGCCGCCGGAACCGUUGCAGCGACGCUUCGACUUGGUCAUUUCGACCAACUGCAUCCACGCGACGAAGAGCCUGGUUACGUCGUGCUCGAAUGUGCAUAGGCUUUUACGACCAGGGGGAUUCUUCGCCUUGAUUGAGUUUACGACUAGGUACUAUUGGCUCGAUCUUGUGUUUGGAUUGCUUGAUGGGUGGUGGCUCUUUGAGGAUGGCAGGAAACACUGUACGGUUAAUGGGCCUUCUUGGAAGACGAACCUUGAGGCUUCUGGAUUCAGCCAUGUGCUUUGGACUGAGGCAGAGGGGAUCGAGAAGCCGAAUCCGCAACUGCUCGUAGCGUAUACAGAUUAG